GCCGGCUCUGAGGUGAACGCGGCGGGCCGGGGGCUCGGCCGGGGGGAGCGGCGCUACUGGGCCCGUCCCUCCCGCUUGCCUGAGGGUCCGGGGCGGCAGGUUUGGAAGAACACCGUCCUCUGACCUUCAGAAACCUGGAGUUUUUGUCAGUGAGCUACCUGAAGGAAUCUAAGGAAAUUAUAGCUGUAGCUUCAUUGCCAUUACUUUUUUGGUGUUUGUACCUCUUUCUCAGUGGUUUUAGAUCAAGAAACACUAUGAGCACAACUCAACGGAAGCGCCGUGGAGGAGCAGUUAAUUCUAGGCAAGCUCGAAAAAGAAACAGGCUCAUGGCUUCUACUGCUGAAAUGGCUUCAGAAGCAGAGCCAAUAGAACUUGAAGAAAGUGCUGGUGAAGAAGUAGUAGAUCUCACAUGUGAAUCUUCUGAUCCUGUAGUCGUUGAUCUAACUCACAAUGAUUCCGUUGUGAUUGUUGAAGAGAACCAACGACAAAGGAGAAAUCUGAGACUAAGAAGCCAGCGACAGUCAGACAGCUGCGUACUGAGUAGUGAUGAUGAAGAUGAAACAAGAGAUAACGAUGUGUAUGUGACUGAUAAAGCAUCUCGGGAACUGGGACCACUGGAAGAGGAAACUGCAAGUUCAAAGCCGUCUGGCACUGUUAGCUGUCCUAUUUGCAUGGAUGUCUACUCAGAGAUUGUGCAAAGUGGACGACUGAUUGUGUCAACAAAAUGUGGCCAUGUCUUCUGCAGUCAGUGCCUCCGUGAUUCCCUUAGGAAUGCCAACUCUUGCCCAACCUGCAGGAAGAAACUCACUCACAGACAAUAUCAUCCCAUUUAUAUAUGAGUACUUUUGUUUCUCAGGACAGACCCAACUGGAUUUUGGGGGAAAUGUCAUGCUUUCAGUGCUCUGAAGAUUUAAAGAGCAGCAGGUUGUGCACAAAUCCAAAUAAAACUGGGUUUUUUGGAGAACAACUUGUACGUAUCUAGACAGCUUUUUUAUGGUCCAAGUUGCUUCUUGUUAUGUUCCUGGUUAUCAUGUUACAUCGAUGACUGUCUCUAAACUAGACCAGCAGCCUAGACCAGGAAGGAAGCAGUUAAUCUAUUUCCUUCUACUUUUUGUAGUGCUUAAAUGAGGGGGUGUGAAUAUUUUGUUCUUUCUUACUCUAUGAAUUAUUCCUACCAUCCCAUACAGGUGUGGAAUAGUUCCCUUUCAGAAAACAGAUUAGCAAUUUACAAUUUCAUUACACCUUUUUUUUUCAUCCUGUAAGAAGCUCAUGACUCUUGCUUUCUUGCUAUCAUCUUUGCCCAAGUAGAGUGAGUUCUGUACUGAUGGGUUGUUUUUUCAUAAAUCAGUCUUAAAUUGACAACAAAGGUUAUGCAAUAAAGUAACCUGCUGUUAACCAGCAGGUUUCAAGUGUUUCACUUUCAAGUGUUUUGAGCAGAAGGUUUGAACAUGCAGAUGUUUUUAUGAACUCCAUGAGAUCCCAAGCACAUAGAUGCAUUGCAGCAUGUACAAUGUGAAAAUAAUUCCUUGAUUGUUUUAACUGCCAAGAAUUCCUGUAUAUUUUAAUCCCAACACUGAAUUUAUUUUCUAACAUGACGAGAUGGUCUCUUGGGUUUACUUGUGCUGUAACACUCUUGUAAUAAUUAAUGAGUAUAGUCUUCUCUAGGCUUCUUGGUGAUGAAUAAGAAGCAAAUUCAUCUGUAUGCUGUCCUCUUGUCAGCUGAAUACCAAACUACCUACAGAUCUUCUUGCUGUAUCAACUGUUCCCAGUGUAAUGCUUUAAGUUCAGUGUGUUCACUUUGCUGUUCUCGCUGGUUGUUACACUGGCACCUGACUGGAUGUAGCCUGGUGAAUAGCAUUGAAAAUUAAAUAACUGUACUGCCUUUAUUGAGUGGAGGCUUUAAAAAGUAUUUGGUAGCAAUGUUGACAGCUUUUUAGAGAAAAGUUUAAUCUCCCUUUGCCCUGAGGGUUGUCCAGUUUGCUUUAAAUGCAGUUUUUAGAAAAGAAGUCAGGUAUAUCUCCUAGGAAAGACAAUUCCUAUAGUUGAGAAGGCAGAAUACACCAGUUUAUGCACUCUUAUCCAGUCACUUUUUCCUCAGGGCUGAAUUCUAAAUGUCUACUUCACACUUACAGCUAAAAUGUCCAGGCUGGUCUGGAAUCCAAGGUGAGCUGAUACAAAGAGAUUUAUGUAGACAAGAUGAUUAAAAUCAGUGUUUUAUGAUCCACAGCUGCAGUAGGUGCAUCUAUGAAAAACUCCAGAAUUAAACUUGGACACCUCUUGGCAGUUGGUUGCUUAUAGAAACCAUUACAAGAACCAUUCUGUGCCCUGGUGCAGCACAACUGUAGGAUGUUUAGUUAAUGUUGGUAUUGCAUGUGUCUUUGCUAACCUGUCCUCAGGUUAGCAAGGCUUUCUUCUAUGUAGGAAGCCUUUAAUUAAAGAAGCUCUUCUAAAUUAGCUGUCUCAAGGUCUGCCUUGCAACCCAAAGUAAAGUUGAUUUUUUUUUUUUUUAAUUAGGUUAUUUCUGGAUAUAGUAAUAGAAAGUUUUGUUACAUAAAGGCUGGCUCAAGAAAUGCAGUACCUUCCCCACCCUGGUUUGGACUAGCUUUGGUUCAGUGCUGUUAGCAGGAAUAUGCAGUUUCUGUAUUGUGGCAAUAGGGUGACUCCUACAAAGUUGCACACACGUAGUUCCUAUGUGUUCCCAUGGGUAAGAUAAGCUACAAGCAAGGACUACGGCUGUCUCAGGAUAGUGCAGUGACAGUGAUGGCUGCAUUUGUGUCCCAAAAAGCAGAGAGUUGAUGCUUAAAGCAUUAAUUGUGUGAAGAGAAGUAGCCCAAUCUUAAAACUGUAGAGAUGCUUAAGGGUCACAGAAACUACUUUCUCCCAGUAGCUUAACAAAGAAACAGUAAAUUACGACUUUUUCCUGAGGUGGCUGCUGUGUGAAAGGAAUGAUCAGAAGAGGAUUUAAGGGAUUACUACUGAGGAUGAGGGAGAGUCAUUUAACCGUGCAUCUUUCACAGUCUACUAGCCAUAGCCUAAAUGAUUUUGCACAACUUCCUCCAUGUAAAUACCACUUUAGAGUUAGUGUCUCAAUAAAUAGAUCUAAUCAAAAUUUAGAUAUCAUAAACUAUAAUAAAAAGUUUCUAGCUUUUGUGUACCCUGUGAAGUGCCACAAAUUUUGUGCAUCUCAAAACGAAUAUUACGUCUCAGUACAUGGGAAAAAAUAGGAAAUUCCUUACAUGCUUUUUUCUUUAAGGGAAAAAAAGUCUGAUAUAUUUGAGUUCCAGUAUUGUUUCACAUUGGCAAGAACGCAUAGGUAAAGAAAAAAAUCUUUAUAUUAUGUAGAUGUCUGUCUUGUUGUAUAUAGUUCAAUUUUUCCUGUAUUUAAUUGUAUUCAAGUUUGUCAGCCCAUCUAUGUUCAACUCUGCUGGUAGGCAGAGGGUUCUCUUAACAGGUGGAAAUAAAAUGAUUGGAUUGAUCAAUCACAA